CGCAUUCUUCUCGCGCGCGUGCCUAGACGCCACGCGCGGUCUGCAGCAGCAGAGGCAAAGAGAAAGCUAACACGUCCUUGGCUCCACGAGCCGACGACAGGACAGAAUGGAGGGAGAGGAUCAGACGUCCCUGACACUGGCAUCCCAGAGCAGAAUGGUGGACACACUGGGGAGUCGGGACAAUGCGACCAGCCGGUCCCCGACUCCCAGAACAAGGGACGCCCUCCAAGCAGCGCCGAGCACAUGACCACCGAGCCCGAGGAGCCUCCAAAUGCAAAGUCGGAGGAGCCUUCCAAGAAGCCGUGCAGGUGCGAUCACAUGAAGAAAGGAAAACUCUGCGGCGGCUACGGCCACGUCGCCAGGCACCACGUGGAGGUUAUGAAGGGAGAGGCAAAUAACGGAGAUAGAGGACUGGAAGGCUGCCAACCCCCAGGCUGCCGGAAAAGGGAAAGGAAAGGAUAGCAAAGGUAAGUCUAAGGGGAAAGGUAAGGGAAAAGGUAAAGGGAAGGAGCAGCGCCUGGACAUGAACGAGGAGGCCCCGACGACCAACCGCGACCGUGCUUUGAGGGUGCUGGAGGCCCUCUUAGUCACUAGCGAGCACCCUGCCCGUCCCUGGUGGACGAAGGCGCCGUGGCGUACAGUUGUGGUCAUGUUGAUGCCGUUCCUCUUGAUGUGCACGAUGUUCUUUGCGGCUGACUUCAUCUCCCUCCGCUUCCUCGCAGUCGCGCCAGUACUCGCCUGCGUCAGCUUGCUGCCGCGCCGCGCAUGGAAACGUGCUGGCCGACUGCGUCGGAAAGUGCUUCCCCGAGCUCGAUCGCCAGAAGUUUCUCUUCCAGCCAAGUUGAAGAUCCCCGGAGGUUUCAAUAGUCGUGGCUUCGUGUGGGUAGGGCCCGCGCGCGUCGAGACUGUGCUCGAUAGUGGUAGUGCACGUAAUUCCGUCGACUUGGAUUUCCUCCGGCGGCUGAUCCAGGAGCCGACUACGUCCAUGCAGGUAGCGGAGGUCGUCGACAUCGAGCCUAUGGAUUGUGGCAGCAUGCUCGAGAACACCACGUUCACUGCCAAGAAGCUGGCCUUCAUCGACAUCGCGUUAAAGGGGGGCCCCGCGACGGAAGGAGUUACGAAACGGUUAGGCUUCGCAGUUACCAAAAGGAGCUCCGAUGACCUUAUAGGACGCCCCACCUUGUGCGACCUAGGCUACGCCCCUCAGAAGGAGAGCGUCGCGCUCCGUACCCUGGGGCUGCAGUUCGCCGCCGUGCUUCCCAGCGACUGCCACGAGCAUGUCCUCAACUCCCGUUCUGCGACGACAGCAUGGCUUGAGUCUGGCGGCGACUCCUCGCAGAUGCGCACGCUCGAGUUGGCGGUUCCCUCGGAGGCCCAGUCGGGCCGCUGGCGGUUAGAAGCAGGACCUGGACUUCCUCAUGGCGUCGAGCUUAUCGAGGGCCCCUUGGUGGUCACAGGCAGUAGGGCGAACGCAAUUCUCCUGGUCUCGGAGGACUGCCACGCAGGCCCCAGAAUGCGGCUGGGGCGAGUUCGUAAGGCGACGCGCGAGGAUUUGAGGCCCCUGGCCACAAUGGAAGCGGCGGAGGCUGAGCAGCACCACGUUCAGGAGACUUCGGAACGGUGCUCGGCGGAAGUGAACGGAACAUUGACGAAACGAUCCCCUAAAGAGACUUUCUCGAAUCCAAGUACAAGAAGAAGGGAUCCAAGACGAGGGGGGAGGCGCUUUCCCCGGACCUUGAACAAGAAAUCGGCGAGGCACGGAACACAAUCGAGAAGCCUGUGAAGUGGCCUGAUCAGGACAACGAGGAUUUCAAUAACGAAGUGGAGAAGACAGCUUCAGCAACAUUGGCGAGCACCGGACGAAGAAGCAGAAGUCUUCUUUCAUUCAUCGUGGAUGGAGGGCUGCAAGGCCCCUUGCGUUGAAGGAAUCACGGCGCACGUCGAGCCCCUGCCGAAUGCGACGCUCAAGGUCACAGCCUCUGCCUGGAGUUCCACGAGGACCUCGAAGUAGCCGAAGGCACGUGGCCCCCUCGCUUCCCUUCGUGGCCCCACAUAUGUAUGCCCUUCGUGGCCCCC